AGCCGCAUCGCCCUCAAGAAGUAUGUCAAGGCCAACAACAAGAUCUCCGCAUCCGACUCUAUGUUCGACUCGCUGUUCAACCGCGCUCUCAAGUCUGGUGUCGAGAAGGGUGUCUUCGCCCAACCAAAGGGUACGUGCCUGCCACCUCUCCUGGAGUGUCACGCCUAA